AUGAAGGACAACGUCAAGCGCAAACUGAGUCAACUUGGAAUUACUGGAACGCUCGCUAAAGAAAUAGUAUUCGACAUAUUUGGUAAGAAAGUGGACGGUGGCAUUGAUGGAGGUUUGGUCGACUGCACUUCCAACAAAGAAUUUGAAGAUGCUGUUACAUCAGUUACUGACAAGUGGAAUACCAUCCAUGAAAACGGGGCUAAAUUUGUCCAUUAUUUCCUGAAAGAAAAAGCUGAUGUCAUUCGAGAAACGGCCAAAGCUGAUGUCCGCUCUGUGUGUGGUCUGGGAUAUCCUCCAAAGGUCUACACUCAAAAUGCCAACGAGUGUAUGAAUCGACUCAUUAAAGCUGAAGAUAAUUCAAACUACUCCAAGAAAGAGCCUUCACUACUUCCUUACGUAGAAAGGAUAAGAAGUGAAAUCCAACGUCAACAAGAUGAGCAGUUUUUGGCAGUUUUCGGAAGAGGCCAAUACCAGCUAACAGAGGAGUUUUCAUUUCUGAAAGUAGAAGAACGGAACUUUUACGCGAUGACAGAUCUUCAGAAGAAAUCUCUGAAGAAAAAAUUCUUCUCAAUCAAAAUGACCGAAAUACAAGAGGCUCCAGGUACAAAUGAAAUGCCGUCCUUGUCAGUAUCACCCGAAGAUGCACAAAUCAUCGACAUUCCAUUUACUCUCCUAAAAGGAAUGUUUGACAAAGCAGCUACUUUAGUUAGCAACCAAUCGCAUAUUUGGAAGAUGCCAACAAAUUCAGAUUCUCGACCGAUCUUCAUGGUUCCCAGUACUUCAUCUGAGAACGCACAUAAAGUCGUAGUAUUUCCAGAAUGCGGCAAAGUGGCGUGCGACCAAGCAUGUGUGAACUGGUGUACUCACAGUCUGUGCUCCCACACCGUGGCCGUGGCGGAAACGAUGAAACGUCUAAAAGAAUUUCUCAACUGGUUUAAGAAGCAAAAACGUUCUCCGAACCUAACUUCGCUUGCCAACAUCAAUAUGCCUCAGAACAAAGGUCGUAAAUGUGGUACAAGGAAGAGGAAAGGAUCCUCCAACAAGAAACCAACUGAAGGUUUGCCUGUUGUUUCCAGUCGCGUGAUCCAGUCGCAGCUACGCCAAGUUAAUCAACUAAUGGUUCAGGCGACUGAACCAGAGGAGUCAGAUAUUGCGUCCCGUCAUGAUCAACCUCGAUUUCCACCGACUAACGCCGCCUUCCAACGUUGCAUGAUACCAACAAACAACGUCCUUCAUUGUGGUUUGACACCGACAACCAGCACCUUCCAACCUGGUAUGACACCGACAACCAGCGCCUUUCAACCUGGUACGACACCGACAAUCAGGGCCUUUCAACCUG